UGGAUUCUCGACUCGGGUUCGUGAACCUUCGGAACAAGAGCCUGCGUCGAUCCUGAAUAACUGAUGGUGGCUGCACUGUACAUGGGCUGUACCCACGGCUGUACCAACCAGUCUCGGUAGUGUAAAGUGUUUGACAUCGUUUUCACACAUUUUUAUAAUGUUCUUAUAAAGUAUAUUCCCGUCGUACAAUAGUGGAAAGUGGUACUAAUUAAAAAUGGUUGAUUUUCAAUUCAAUUAAAGUGAUAAGUGCUCGUUGUUUAUAUGCUUUUUACGGCUAUAAAAUGUUUGACAAAAUUUAUUACUAGCUGUCAAAGCAACUGCUCUCAUCCUAUGCCAUCUCGUUUACAAAUUCUAAGACGAAAAGAAAAAUUCAUUCUAUUUUCUCCUCUGGAGACAAGUGUAUAAAUGUUAUAAUAAUAAAAUUGAAAUUUCAAAACAUGUCCAAUGCAUUUAUGCCGAAAAUAUUAAAUUAAGGGUGGGAUUUUUUGAUUGAUAUGAUAAUAAAAAAUGAGCAAAGUGAAUUCUUUCUAAGAUAGUCUCGGAUUAUAUUACUUUUGGAUAUAUUGUUAUAACACGUGGUGAGCAGAAUGCUGUUUAAAUUGGUAUUGUUCCUAAUAUUUCUUCAACAAUGUACAGGAUAUUUCAAUUUUUUCUUGGAUCAAUUAGAAGUUCGAAAGCUUAUGGGUCUGGAAGCAGAAUUGUUUUAUGUAAGAGAGGGUGAAAUAAAUGAGUACGCAAUAGGUUUCGUUGUUCCUGUACCGGCACAUAUUCCCAAGUUGCAUUUUACAUGGCAAAAUCUUGUUGGAAAGCCGCUUACAUAUGAAGUAGAAGUGUUGAUUGGCGACCCUUCAGUUUUAAGUGACUCCUUGAAUAUAACAAAUUCAGGUGAAAUUCCAGUGGGACAACAGCAAAUGUGGACAAUGACAUUUCAUUGUGCUCCAUAUGAUGCAGAAACUGAUGUUACUAUUCGCUUAAAUGUCUCAUUAUCAAAAAAGAAUUCAACUUCAUUUGAAUUGAAGAGAAAGAAAAUCUGCUUAAGAAACAAAACAAUUUCGGAAAAUCAAUCUCAAGAAGUCUUGGUAUCAGCUCCCGGUACAACUGCAGGUGGUCAAAUAUUUUAUGCAGCUAUUGGAUGUGCUUGUGCCUUCGUUGCUGCCAUUUGUGUUCUUGUAGUUGCUUACUAUAUUCGAGAUAAAAAAUCUAGACGUCACAGGGAUUCCCUUCACGAAUCGAGGGGAUUAAAUUCGGCAUGUAGUGGGGAUAGAGGUAGAGGAAUAGGUCCUGCAAGAACGUUUUUAUCACCGGAAACACCACCUCCACAUUCUACUGCCUCUAUAUCGACUUAUAGAAGACUUGAUGAACGUCCAACACGGGAACUUUAUGAGCGAAUUCAGGAAAUCACAGUUCAAAGAUGCAGAGUACGUCUACUGAGUGUCGAAAUGGAAGGUACAUUUGGUCGAAUUUACAAAGGUAGUUAUCAUGAAGAAGGAGCGACAACACCAAGAGACGUUUUGGUGAAAACUGCUGCUGAACAUGCUUCACCGUCACAGGUGACUGUUUUGUUACGAGAAGGUUUAACCUUUUAUAGAAUCAACCACUCUGCACUCUUAACAAUUUUAGGAGUGUCAAUUGAAGAGAGUGGAGCACCUUUUCUUCUUUAUCCCUACACGGGUUAUAAGAAUAUGAAACGGUUUUUAUUGAGGUGUAAACUAAGUAGUGAAGGGCCUCCAAGAGCCCUCACGACGCAGGAAGUAGUCGAAAUGGCCCUUCAAGCAUCGAAGGGAGUUCAAUAUCUUCAUAAGAAGAAGUUUAUUCAUAAAGAUAUUGCAGCUAGAAAUUGCGUGGUGGACGACGAUUUAAGAGUGCAAAUCACAGACAAUGCUUUGGCUAGAGAUCUCUUUCCACAAGAUUAUCAUUGUCUUGGUGACAAUGAAAAUCGUCCAAUUAAAUGGCUAGCUAUUGAAAGUCUUCUAAGUGAUUCGUUUACUACAGCUUCUGAUGUUUGGGCUUUUGGUGUACUUUUAUGGGAGCUAACAACUUUAGCCCAACAGCCUUACGUAGAAGUUGAUCCGUUUGAAAUGGCAUCAUAUCUUCGUGAUGGUUAUAGAUUAGCUCAACCAAUUAACUGCCCUGACGAAUUAUUUGCAGUUAUGGCUUACUGUUGGGCCAUGUCAUCAGACGAAAGACCAACUUUCAAUCAGCUAAUUGUAUGUCUUCAAGACUUUCAUAUGCAGCUAACAAGAUAUGUCUGAAUUUGACCUUCUAAGAAUUUUUUGUUAAAUAAAUAUUUUGUACAGGCUAGUUAUCACGAUAUUUUGUAAAUAUAGAAUAUAUAACUGACUGAUAAUGGUAAACUACCCUUAACUAAAAGACUCUUUGUCUCUAUUAAGAUUUCAACUAAAACUUGGAUGAGCUAAAUUUAAAACUAAAUCUUUUUAGUAUAAGUAUUAAUAGAUUGUAUAUUAACAAUUUUCUGUAAAAGAAAGAUAUGUAUAAGCAAAAACCCACAAUCUCAUGGUGUCCAUUAUAUUCAAAUUUUUAGAUUCUUAUUCUAACCUAAUUUUAUUUUUAAAAGCCAAGAUAGUACGAAAUUAUGUUUUAAUAAGAAUUUUUUUUUUUUAAUUUCAUUAAACUGUCUAUACUUUUUGUAGAUCUUUGGAUACCAUGAGUCUGUUUUAAUAACAAAAAAAAUUGUGAAUGUAUAAGUACAUUUUUAAUUUGAUUUUAUUUAUAAAUUUUAUAAUUUGUAAAUAAAAUCAAUAAAGUGGUGUUUUUUGUGCGAACGUAUACAUUUAUAUAUGUGAGUUCUCCUAGUCUUCAUGCAUUUUUAAUUAAAAAUGCAUUUGAAGAAAAUUUUGCUUCCGAAACUUCUGUGUUGAAUAUAAAUGUGAUAUAACCACACGGAGAGAAAAAUUAAGUUAUUGCAGUAUACCAUAAUCAAUACUACUUUAAUUUGAUUUUUUCUUUGUGCAUCUACUGUAUGUUCUGCUUGCUAUGUUGACUUCAAUUGUGCCAAUAUUUAUAUUUUCAUAUUUUUGUACACAGUGUAUUUUAGCAACAAUUUGUCUAUAGAUAUAUAUGAGUAUGCGCUUGUGUGUGUGAAUGUAUGUGAAUUAGUGUGAAGAAGAGAGAGAGAGAGAGAGAGAGAGAUACAUAAAUAUAUAUAUAUGGAAACAGUUACGUCAGUCACUUCCCAUGAGUACGAGAGACAAACUUAUUCGAAACGCAUGCUUUCUUAUGAUUGAUAAUGCGCUUUUCAUAGUAUAUACAUACAUAAUCAAAAUCAUCUAAGCAGAAUUUAAAAAACAUGUCAUUUGAAAAGAUAUUUAAACGUCUAUUUAAUGUCUAUUUAACUCUCGCGUGACCGAGCGGUGUGCGUCGAACCCCAAAAAAUUUUACCUAUCUACUUCCAUUUAAGGGUAGGUCGCUAGUAAGGCAGCACCAUCUAUAUCGAAACUAUAAAAUUUUGGAAAAUUUUUUACAGUACUUACUUGAAAACAAGCAAAUAAAAUGCUUUGUCCUUUAGGAUAAUUGAUUAUUGUCAAGAAAUACACCAGUUAAAACUUUUUUUUAAUUAAAAUAGUGAAAAAAAAUUAAUGACAAUAAAUUAAAUAUCAGCGUAUUUUUUCUCGUAAACUUUUGAGAUAUCUUCUCGGAAAUCACAAACAAGAAUACAAUUUUCAUUUAGAGAAUUAAUAAACACUAAAAAAUACACCAUUUAAGAUUCACCACUCACGAAAAUAACAACAAAAAAUUUUUAACAUAACAUAUCGACACUGUUUUACUGAUUUUGACAACCAUUUGGUACGUAUAGGUAUAACAUAUUAUAAUGUCAUCAGAUGUUUUGCGGUUCUGCCUACAAAAGAAGAUUGGCGCUGAUGCUAACAAAAACAAAUAUAUAUAUUUGUAACGUAUACGUUACUUGCCAAAUGGCUGUCAAAAUCAAUAAAACAGUGUCGAUAUGUUAUGUUAAAAAAAGUUUUUGUUGUUAUUUUCGUGAGUGGUGAAUCUUAACUGGUGUAUUUUUUAGUGUUUAUUAAUUCUCCAAAUGAAAAUUGUAUUCUUGUUUGUGAUUUCCGAGAAAAUAUCUUUUAAGUUUGCGUGAAAAAAUAUGGUGAUAUUUAAUUUGUCAUUAAUUUUUUUUCACUAUUUUAAUUAAAAUAAAGUUUUAACUGGUGUAUUUCUUGACAAUAAUCAAUUAUCCUAAAGGACAAAGCAUUUUAUUUGCUUGUUUUCAAGUAAGUACUGUAAAAAAUUUUCCAAAAUUUUAUAGUUUCGAUAUAGAUGGUGCUGCCUUACUAGCGACCUACUCUUAAGAAAAUAUAAAAUCGUUAUAAAUAAUGAUUAAAUAAUUGUAUUUAUAAAAUUUAAGGUGGUUCUCCGGCAAAUCACUUUUAUAUAAAAUUUCUUUAAACUCUAGGAAAAUGUUCCUUUUUAUGUACUUUGUAUGUAAGUGGUAAAAAACCCAGUACCCCUUGCCAUGCUAAAAACUAAGAAAUCUGGGUUCAAAGUUGCACCAGUUAACAUAGGAUUCCUAAUCUGAACAUGCAAAACUCAUACAUUUUAUUGAAUUAUUUAAAAAGUUUUCGAUAAAUUUUUUUUAAAAACGAGUAUAUUGUAGAAUGGAAUUAAUAGAAUAAUAUAAAAAAAGUUUUAGUAGGGGUAUCAAUACUAAUUUUUGAAGUAGAAAAGUUAUGUUAUUUAUUGAUUUUUCAAGAGAGUCAAGUAUAUUACUAGCUUGAGAAAGAGAGAGAAAGCACGACAGUGAAGUGAGCUGUUGAUUAGUAUAAACUAGUCGCAAGGAACUGAGCACCACUGGAGCCGGAGAACCUCCUUAAUUAUAAUUUGGAUUGAAAAUAUUAAGCAUCAAAUUUUGUUUUCUAUUUAAUUAAAAUAUGGAACCACACCUGGUCGCGUAUUAUAAAAAACGAACUCGGUCACGUGAUGGUUAAUGUUGAAAAAGAUUUUAAAUUGACAAAAAAUUUUGUGCGGAAUAAGAAUUACUUAAAAACUUUUUGAAAACUUGUAAUUGAAAUAUGUAUUUGAUGUAAUGUACUUCCCUGAAAGAAGAGUGGACUGAAAAGGAACUGAAGAAUCGGUACUCAUGACUCUAACGUUACAGUGCUUAUUUGCUUUUUGGUACUGAAACGGAACUGAGAAAUUGUUCAGUCAAAUGUGUCGUAAAAGAUUUAAUUUUUUAAAUAUUAUAUUUGUUUUUCAUAAAUUCAGAUUAAUUAUAUGUUAUGAUUAUUACGUUUACUAUA